AUGAACCAAGAGAAGAGGAGAUUACGUGAAUUACGUCGCUCUAAUGGGUUCUCCCGGCGACGUCGACGCAGUUCGAGCAAUGAAAAUCCAUCAUCUACAUUACAAGAUACGAAGGAUCAAUCUGAUACUGAAAUUACUGCUGAUUUUCGCUCCAAACGGGCAUUGAAAACGGAAAAAAGCGACGAGAUGAAACUCACGUUGAAAGAGCACGAGCGAUUACGCGAUCGUGAAGAACGUGACGCAUUUGCUGAAAGAUUACGUCAACGUGAUGAAGAUCGAACGAAACGGAAGCGCAAAGUGGAAGAAGUAGAAGCUUUAGACGUUCCAGAAGGUCUUACAAGUCAAGAGAUUAAGCUAUUGGCGACGAGAGGGGCAGUGGAAGACGGACAGAGGGAUUUUAAUGAUAAACUAACGAGAUUAAGACAAGUGAGUCGACAGGAAUACCUUAAAAAGAGGGAAGAAAAAGAGCUGGAGCUAUUGGAGUUUCAAUUAAAAGACGAGGAUGUCCUGUUUGAAGAGUCUCAUCGAUCCAGAAAAGAACAUGAACAGCUUGAGCUUAAGAAAAGAAUUUUAGAAACAGCUAAAGCUCGAGCAAAGAAUAAAGAGGUAGAUGGGUAUCAGAUUCCGGAUUCCUAUGAUGAAGUCGAUGAUGAAGGCAACCGAAUUCGCCAGAAAGAAGGGUUAUUGACAGACCGGUAUGAAGAAGAAGAGGUGUUUCAUACUGAGCAGGAAAUGUGGGAAGAGACACAGAUUGAUUUUAUCUCGCAGCAAAUGCUCUCAGGACAUCAUGUGAGUGAGGAAGAUGUCCAGGACGCGAGAAAAAAGAUGGAGAAGGCCAAGCAUUUGAGUAUGCAGGAAGGUAGACGGCAGUUGCCCGUAUAUCCUUACAGAGAAUCACUGCUCGAAGCGAUUCGCAAUUAUCCUGUAGUUAUUAUUGAAGGAGAGACUGGGUCAGGUAAAACGACGCAGAUCCCGCAAUAUUUGCACGAGGUGGGAUACUCGGAGCUGGGUAUUAUUGGCUGUACGCAACCUCGACGGGUUGCGGCGAUGAGUGUGGCAGCGCGCGUGGCGCAGGAAAUGGAUGUCAAGCUGGGCAAUGAAGUAGGGUACUCGAUCCGUUUUGAGGACUGCACUAGUGACAAGACGGUGAUCAAGUAUAUGACGGACGGUAUGCUGCUGCGUGAAUUUUUGACCGAACCCGACCUCAAGUCGUACAGUGUCAUGAUUAUAGAUGAGGCGCACGAGCGUACUUUAAGUACGGAUAUCUUGUUUGGCCUUAUCAAAGACAUCGCGCGUUUCCGUGAUGAUAUCAAGAUCAUUGUGGCUAGUGCGACGCUUGAUGCAACCAAGUUUAGCGUCUACUUUGAUGACGCCCCGAUUUUUAAAAUUCCUGGACGCAUGUAUCCUGUGGAUGUUCUGUACACAAAGGCUCCCGAGGCUGACUACCUGGAUGCUGCCAUCGUGACGGUACUGCAGAUUCACAUCACCCAGCCACUUGGAGACAUCCUUGUGUUUUUCACAGGUCAAGAAGAGAUUGAAGCAGCUGAAGAAAUUUUGCUGCAGCGCACUCGCGGUCUUGGUUCUCGAAUACGAGAGUUGUUGAUUCGGCCGAUAUACGCCACCUUGCCCUCUGAACGCCAGGCACAAGUGUUUGAACCUACACCAGAAAAUGCUCGCAAAGUUGUGCUGAGUACGAAUAUUGCGGAGACGUCGCUCACUAUUGCUGGUAUUUGCUACGUAAUCGAUACGGGCUUUUGCAAACAGACCAACUACAAUGCGCAAACGGGUAUGGAAUCCCUGCUGGUGGCUCCGGUAUCCCAAGCUAUGGCCAAUCAACGUGCUGGUCGAGCAGGCCGUACAGCUCCAGGUAAAUGUUUCCGUCUAUACACUGCGUGGUCGUACAAGAAUGAGCUGGAUGAGAACACCGUGCCUGAAAUCCAGCGCACGAACCUUGCAAGUGUAGUGCUGCUGAUGAAGUCGUUGGGGAUCAACGAUCUACUUCAUUUCGACUUCAUGGACCCACCGCCAGAGAAAGCUCUUAUUCGCUCAUUGGAACAGCUUUAUGCCCUUGGCGCUCUCAAUGGUUUGGGUGAACUAACAAAGCUAGGGCGUCGUAUGGCCGAGUUCCCACUCGACCCUAUGAUGUCAAAAGCGUUGCUCGCGUCAGAGAAGUUUGGCUGCGUUGAAGAAGUAAUGACCGUUUGCGCCAUGCUGAGUGUAAACAACUCGAUCUUUUACCGCCCGAAGGACAAAGCAGUACAUGCGGACAAUGCUCGACUAAACUUUGCGCGAGGUGGAGGCGGUGAUCACAUUACGCUGAUGAAUGUGUACAACCAAUGGGUUGAGACAAACUAUUCCACUCAGUGGACGUACGAAAACUUUGUCAUCAUGCGAUCGCUGAAGACUGCUCGUGACGUACGAGAGCAGCUUGAAGGUCUUUGUGAUCGCGUGGAAAUGGAGCGUACAAGCAACCGUAGUGAUCAUGAACCGAUUCGCAAAGCCAUAUGCGCGGGCUACUUUUACAACACGGCUAAGCUGGACAGCUCUGGACACUACAAGACGGUGAAAAAGGCACAGUCCGUGCACAUUCACCCAAGUUCGUGCCUAAUUAAGCUCGAAGAAGUUCCGCGUUGGGUUGUGUAUCAUGAAUUAGCCUUCACGACAAAAGAGUACAUGCGUAAUGUGGUUCCGAUUAAAUCUGAAUGGCUGGUGGAACUUGCACCGCACUAUUAUAAAACCAAGGAAGUUGAGGACGCACGCACGAAGAAAAUGCCCAAGGCUGUUGGUCGAGCAGGUUGA